GCAAGCCCGUAGCCGCGCGCCAUGAUGCGCGCAGUCACGGAAUCGAAAGGAGGAGCGCGUUCCCGUGAAAGCUCGGCGAUGUUUUAGAUGUCAUCCUGCACUUUGAUUAACAAAGCUAUAAUCUGCGCCGUCGGACCAGUGUAUUUUUAGAUAACUAUUGUACAUACUAAGUGGAUUUUACUUACGAUGGUUCUGAAAACAAGAUACCGUUACUUUUUUUUGCAUUGAGAAGCGGAGAAAUGGGUUCCGGUGACGGAUUGCUUUUUCAGUCAGGAAAUUCACUAUGUUCAAGUAUCAUAUAACUUUGUGCUGUUGGCCAUGAAGACACGAUCACAUGGAAUAUCGUAACUCUGGGUCUCCGUUUACUAACGUGAUACACCUUUAUAACUUCCUUUGCCAGAGAAAAGCGGGUGUGUCUCAAUUUUGUUGAGUUUUACCUUGCCGAAACACGCAUUAGACUUUGCCACGGAAAGAACAGACGGACCUCGAACUUCUUACGGGCUUGCCGUCUAUCAGAUUAAAUAAGAAGGAUUUGUCUUGCAAUGGGGGGCUAUAUGCCCAAGACUGAUAUUUUGUUACUACGUUCAUAUCGCGUGGUCAGCGUUGAUUGUAUCCACUUAUCAAUUCGGUAGAAUGCAUUGGCUACUCCAACCCGAGAUUGUUGCUCUGGAGCUAACAGCUGAACUGGCGACUUAUUUGUUGUCGUACCUUCAUUUGUCUGCUCUUCAAAAUAUCAUAUUGUUGCGCGAUUGAAGACAACGAGCGCCAGUUUGCCAUUAAAACUUGGACAAAAUAGCAGACCAUUAGCGCCAAGAACUUGAGCAGACCGAUGGGGGGAAAUCUGCAAAGUUAGCAGGAAAAGAAGCCAUCAAAAUCACGGAAAUCGCUUCGUUCCCUUUCCUCCAGUGAACUGUUACAGAUGGAUUUCAUGAAAGCAACAUGAUGACUGCUGCAUUUUUGUCCUAGGUAAACUUGUAUAGAUCUAACUCUGCUCAUAGGCCUAUAUGUUUAUGCAACAUUAGAGCUUUUGUUUACUUUUUGCAUUCCUGGCAGUAGUUAUGAUAGGCCUACAAUGAAAUACCAACGGACAUCUCCCUUUAUGGAAAAAAAAAUGGGGAUGAAGACAGGCUUGGAUUUGUUUGUUCUUUGAGCUCAAAAUACAAUGUAUCGAACUUUUGAUCCAUUCACAUAUAAAACAGUUACUCUGAUGUGACAAAUACGUACAUGUAGGCUAAGCCGACCAACAAGACACCUAGCCUAUGUAGCUACAGCGUAUUACAUAUAAAAAUCAGUGGUUUUGAUUGUGCGCAAAUUUUGGAUGACGGCCCGAGGGGCUCGUAAGCCCCAGCCAUGGCACACGGGACAGUAGACCUAACGCUUCAUUUUUCGCCCGGGGAAUUCUAAAAUAUGCCAUGGGACUCUCAAGGGUGUAAGAAGUCCUGAAUCACUGACGCUUGCCCGUUGAACUACCUGUCAGACGAACUCUUUGUAUCUGCAGUCAUUGGAACGGAGGAGGGUUGUACGCGAGACCACGUCCUUUUCCAAAGGAACCAUCCAAGGCCUUUCAUGGGUGGCUGGAGCUGGGGGAGUGUGUGAAGAUCCCCAGGCCUGAUCUGGAACAAGAACACACACAUCCACCGCCAAUAUGAAUGAGCGGCAGGCUCUCCACUCCAUAAUGAAGGACCUGGUGGCCCUUCAGAUGACCCGGCGGCAGCCCAGCUUCGAGGCGCCAAAGCCAAAGCCUGUCGGUCCUCCUAACAGACAGGACGACAUCAGAAUAAAGUUUGAGUAUAAUGGAGAGAGGAGGAUUCUGAUGUUCGGACGGCCUGUGCAGUUUGAGGAAGUCCAGCAGAAAGUUAAGACUGUGUUUGGUCAGCAGUUAGACCUGCACUACAUGAACAAUGAGUUGUCAAUCCCUCUCUGGAACCAAGACGACCUGGACAAAGCCAUCGACCUCCUGGACCGCAGCACAAACAUGAAGAGCAUCAAGAUCAUGCUACUCAUGCAAGAGCACAGCAAUGCAUCAUCACCUUCGCACCAUGCCGUGAGCAAGCAGGUGCGCAUCAAGGCCUCCCAGUCUACAGGAGAUGUCAGCACAGCGUACCAGUCCUCCGAGUCUAGGGGGCGCCACCCCUCCACCAGCUCGCAGAACACUGGGCGGAGCUCUCCGCCCCCCGGCUACGUUCCUGAGCGUCAGCAGCGCAUCGCGCGCCAGGGCUCCUACACCAGCAUCAACAGCGAGGGCGAGUUCAUCCCUGAGACCGGCGACCCCUGUGUGCUGGGCCCCUGGAGUAGUGCUGAGAACUCUGUCUCUGGCAGCUGUCAAUCACUCGACAGCAACUCAGACAGUCCGUCCCUUAGGAAGUCACGCAUGCACCGAGCGAAGAGUUACCCCGACAACCGCCAGGAUUUUGCAGAGAACCGCGAGAAUCACGCCUAUGACAAGGUUGGCAAGGGUGGAACAUACCCACGGAGAUACCAUGUCUCCCUGCACCACAAGGACCUCAGUGAAGGGCGGCGGACGUUUCCACGGAUCCGGCGGCCGCAGGGGAACCUGUUCACCCUGGUGCCGUCGCGGCGCUCGCUCAACGGCAGCGAGGAGAGCCUGAGCAGCUGGCAGAUGGUGGACGCCCAGGGACGCCUCCGGCCGCAGGACAGACCUGUCGCUCACAAGUCCCCUAGUGCCCCCGUCACGUGGCGGAGGGGCAAGCUGCUGGGCCAGGGGGCCUUUGGCCGGGUCUACCUCUGCUACGACGUGGACACGGGCCGGGAGCUGGCCGCCAAGCAGGUCCAGUUUGACCCAGACAGCCCGGAGACCAGCAAGGAGGUCAGUGCUCUGGAGUGUGAAAUUCAGCUGCUGAAGAAUCUGCACCACGAGCGCAUUGUCCAGUACUACGGCUGUCUGCGGGACCACAAUGAGAAGACCCUCACCAUCUUCAUGGAGUACAUGCCAGGGGGCUCAGUGAAGGACCAGCUGAAGGCGUACGGGGCGCUGACGGAGAAUGUGACCCGCAAAUACACGCGGCAGAUCCUGGAGGGCAUGUCCUACCUCCACAGCAACAUGAUCGUCCACAGAGAUAUCAAAGGUGCCAACAUCCUGCGGGACUCGGUGGGUAACGUGAAGCUGGGCGACUUCGGGGCCAGCAAGCGCCUGCAGACCAUCUGCAUGUCCAGCACAGGCAUCCGCUCCGUCACAGGCACGCCGUACUGGAUGAGCCCGGAGGUGAUCAGCGGCGAGGGAUAUGGACGCAAGGCUGACGUCUGGAGCCUGGGCUGCACUGUGGUGGAGAUGUUGACUGAGAAGCCCCCCUGGGCUGAAUACGAGGCCAUGGCGGCCAUCUUUAAGAUCGCCACACAGCCCACGAACCCCUUGCUACCGUCCCACAUCUCCACCCACACGCACGACUUUGUGCGCAGCAUCUUUGUGGAGGCCAAGAAUCGCCCCAGCGCUGAGGAGCUCCUCAGACACCCUUUCUCGCAGAUCCAGUGCUGAGGGCACCUUGGCCCCACUGGCUCAUCUACCCGCUUCCCAGGCUUUUGGGGCCUACAGCAGCAUCCCUCCAGAUGGACAAUAUAUUUACAUGAGCAGUCAAAGUGCUCCUCCAGGUCAGCUAAAUCCAUAGCACUACCAAAUGUUCAACAGGUCACCUGAUUUCCACAAUCCUUCCGAGUCACAAGAUGUUUGCCUUAUUCAGUUGCGUAUGUUAUGUAAUUCCAGUUCUCCGAACAGCAGGUGGCGCCACAGGGUGUGCUACCACUUUUAUGUCCAACCUACAGGGAGAUGAACAAGCCAAUUGUGUUGCCAUGUCCAGGGAGCUUAUUGCUCCUAUGUUAUCAAAGGAGUAAUUGACUGACACAGACACACAUGUACACACAUGUAUACAUAAACACACACACACACACACACACACACACACACAUACACACACACACACACACAGAAACACUCACAUACACACACAUACACAUUGAGGUUUCAUUUUUCAUGCUCGACACCGGGUUGUUCACGUAUACGGAAGCAUUGCAUGCAUGCUUGCUGAAAUGAGCUGACUGUUACAGAACUGAACGGGUACCAAAAAGUUAAAGCCUCUCCCUCUCCCUCUCAUAUGUUGUGUCAAAGUGACCAGUUGUCCUAUACACACCUCACACAGGCACGGGGGUCAUAACAUGACCGAUAUGAUUGAUGUUUUUUUUUAUUUUGCUUUUCAUUCCAUCCAGCCGGUUUAAAUUAUUUAAAUGUCUUUACAAUUUUUUUUUUGUUUUGUUUUGUUUUGUUGUGUCAUGUUUUAUUAUGUUUUGUUUAGAUGAAUGUUUUUAGCCAAACAGAGGAACUUUUAGCCGGGUAGUUUUGAUAAGCUUUAGGUUUGCCCUCUGUUUGACCCCUGCUGCAGCUGCCUGCCUCAGCAUGUCCUUUAAAAGUAGACUUAGGAUUCUUUAAAGGUAGGGUAAGCGAUGGUAAGCUACUUUUCUAACAUGUAACCAUUUUUGUAACAUUCAGCGAAUAUCUCCUCAUCAUUUGUUAGCUCUUCAUUCUCUGAGAACACUGUAAAAAAAACCCGGUCUUCUUCCACAGCCCUGGCUCCGUGAACUGGAAACAAAGAAAGGUGGGGCAGCAUGUCCCCCAAACAAUAACAAAACACUGUGUGGGGUUUCUCGGGGAGCACUGAAGGGAGGGGUGAGCUACCUCUCUGGUGUGUUUUGUUUGGUCUUUGGUUCAAAUACAAUGUAAGUCGCCUUAGACAAAAGUGUUUUCCAAGAAACAUAAACAUAAACACAAACGUAAACAAACACGUCAUCCAGCAUCGCUUACCCUACCUUUAACCACCCGCAGUGGAAUGCUCCAGGGUUGCCAUAGAGACACAAUUGCCCAACACGGGGAUAGAUGCUCUUGCUUGCCCCAAGGCGCUGUGGUUACUAUGGUUACACACUUCAAGUGCAGUAUGUGUACUUUUCUCUGGGUGUACAUAGCCGUUGCUGAUGGCUGAUGGUAUGGCCAUAAGUGAGGACCCUUAGCUGUGCUGGGUUCAGGCCUUUGCCCUGUGGUCCAUUACAGUCACAGCACUUGCAGGGGGAAGGUAGGCAUCCAGUCCUCAACAAGAAGCUGCAGAAUAGACAGAUUCAUCUUUUUCUCAUUGAUAUGAGGUUAAACCAAAGACAAACAGCACGUGACAUGACAAUCUGGCACAGACCCUCAUGACAUUUCACAUUUAGGGCCCUAAUUUGAAUGAUGAAAAAUGUCUUAAGUCUAACUAAAGCUAAUUUAACAACUAGGCUAAAUCAAUUAGCUGAUUUACUGUAACACAGGGCUGACAACUCGCUGAUUGUGAGACUCAUUUGAUUGGCUCCACACGCUCUCACGCCAAUCCAAUGUGUGAGAGUUGGCCCUGUUAACACCAUGAGCAAGACCUUACCCUCAAACACUGAGUCUGCUCAAUGCUCCCACAUGGCACAAGACAGCUAUAGUUCAUGCAGGAGAACUUUGCUUGUUGAUAGACUUUGCACUUUGCCUGGCAUUUAAAUUUGGGCCCCAGGUGUUCAAAUGAUUUUAAUAGUCACAUCCGCUGUCCCAGCAACCUUUUCUGAAAGUGAUUGGCAGUGGCAAAGUGAACAAUGAUGAUCUCAUUGGUCUGGUUCUGUUGUGACAUAUUGUGGAAGAGGAUGAGACAUCACAGUGCUCUUCUUACUGAGUACCUUCAUAACAUAGUGGCUGACUAAGUCCAGAAUUCAGAACAGGUGAAACCUAAAGCAAGUCAGAUACAAAAGGCAGCAGCUAAGUGUCUUCAGACCUUCAAGUAGAAAUAUUCCUACAGAAGCAUGAGGGGAAAGAAGUCACUGCUGCAAAGCCAAUAACUUGCAAUCUAUCCUUAGUUGUUGUUGUUUUAUUUUUAAUUGUAUGUGUUGCCACAGCAUGGUAAAACCUAAAGUGCCGUCAGUUUUGUUCAAAUGUAGAUAAUCUGCUACAUGCAUGUCAAAGACAAAAGUCAGUGGUCCCUCUGGCCUAAAAGAGAGGUGUUAGUGCCUUAAGCUCAAUGCAGCAGUGUUUUGUUAAACCCAUUUGGAUCAUAGCACUUUUGAAAAUGAAUGUUUCAUUGCUGUUCCUUUACCAGUUGUGUUUUACUUCAGCCUUUGGGUUUUAUUAUGCUUUAAUGUGAAAUUCUUUCAUUUAUUUAUAUCUGGCCAAAGGUUUGUUAUUGUGUUUUGGCCAAAGGUUUGUUUUAUUUCUUCUUUUUUGUGUAUCAAAAAAAAAACACAAGCAUAAAUAUAUUUUUAUAUAUUUUAUAAGAUAUUGAGUCUAGACCAAUCAACAUUUGAGUAAGCUUAUGUUAGAAACAUCAGAGAUUUCUACUGUUUUUUAAAGGACAUAAAAGAAGUAGUUCCAGAUAGUAAAAGCAGCUGGUUUUGCAGAGAGAGAGAGCACAGUUUAUGUUUGUGUGUAUUUGUUUAAAGGGCUGGAUGAAGUGUCAGCUCUCAAUGGCCAAUCCUGUACCAAGGCUGGGCUUUGGCUGGCUAGUAAAUUGCAAUUGGGUCCAUGGCAGAUAAGUAGAGAAUGAUUUCCAAGUCAUGUGUGAGAGAUUGAGUGUAUGUUUGUGUGUUGCAUUGUGGUCUAUGGGAGCAUUGAGCAUGCAUGAUGAAGAGAGCAAAAAGACAGAGUGAAUGGUUUCGCACAGAUGUGGUCAAGUCAGGAGUGGAGGUCAGUUUGGGGCCUUUAUUUUCACUGUGGGAGACUUGAGAGAUUUAAAAGAUGGACGGGUUCAGCCCAGCUGCCUGGUACAGCGCAUUGGCCACAAGAGGGCGCAGCUUCACCUGGCCGUAUGACGACUUUGUUUAGCUCAGGGUUCUGGAGGUCCUCCUGCCGCAGCAAUCCGACCACAGCGCCACCUGGUGCCUUUUUUGUAUUUCAACGUUUCAUUCUUUCUUUAAUGACAUUGUUUUUUUUCCAUAUCAACUUGUUUUUGUUUUAAUUUUUUAUUUGUCUCUGUGUCUGAAUGGAAGACAGAGGACUAAACUAAAGAACUAUUUUCUUGGGAUGUUAACGACGUGUUGCUCGUGACUCGAGUGAGAUAUUAAAAGGCUGCUAGAGUGAGUGACUCAAGGCAGCUAGAAAUCAGUAUUCACAAAGUUUUGGAAGACCUUGUUUGAUAAAAAAAGAAAAUUAAAUCUUUUUUAAAGUGAACCCUGGGGUAAGCAGAAGAUUUCCAACUGAUGAAUUUCUAUAUAAAUACAUGAAUGAAUAUGUAUCACGACGGUGGACUUGCAGUGCAAAGUCCAGUGUAUCAAAGUUAUUUACAAUAAAGAAAAGCAUUAUGUUGAAAUA